AUGACAUGGGGCCACGAUCAAGGAUUCCGCAAGCCCAUUAACAAGGACUUCAUAAUUGCCGGUCAAGGCUCUACCGGACGCUUCUCCACUGAGCGUGGUCUGACUUUGGUCGAGAUUGAAAAAGCCGGCCACAUGGUUCCCCAAUACCAGCCACGAGGAGCCUUCCAGAUUCUGCAGUUUCUUUUAGGGCAAGCUGAGUCUCCUUCUGCCAGCUGGCCAUCUGCCUAA